CCGUCCGUCGGACUACACCUAGCGGGCUUGAGACACCUCCCACCCGGCCUUCUUCCUCAGGGUUAGGCGCCCACCUAACCGGACAUAUUUUAUACCUUUUUUUUUUUUUUCUUCUUGUUUUGGUUUUUCCACGCAUUUCCAGCCACGGAGUUUUACGCAAGUCCAGAGAGGGUGUCUCCCAUGAGAGAGUCUCCAGUUGUCUGCAUGCAGGGAAUGACGACUCCUUUCAAGACGACUAAAGCUUUAAAGGUCAAGAAGGAGGCGGGCGAGAAUGCCCCGGCCCUCAGCGACGACGAGCUGGUGGCCAUGUCCGUGCGGGAGCUCAACCAGCACCUGCGCGGGCUGACCAAGGACGACGUGGUGCGGCUGAAGCAGCGGCGGCGGACGCUCAAGAACCGAGGCUACGCCGCCAGCUGCCGCAUCAAGCGCGUCACCCAGAAGGAGGAGCUGGAGCGGCAGAAGACGGAGCUGCAGCGCGAGGUGGACAAGCUGGCCCGGGAGAACGCCAGCAUGAGGCUGGAGCUGGACGCCCUGAGGGCCAAGUACGAGGCGCUGCAAUGCUUCGCCAGGACUGUGACCCGCGGGCCCCUGUCGCCGGGUAAGGUGGCCACCACCAGCGUCAUCACCAUCGUCAAGUCCACCAACCACAACAACUCUGGCCACGCCCCGUUCUCGGCGCCGUCCUAGUCUCGACUGGACUGGGCUGUCCUCUUCCUGCCCGCACUGAGAGGAAGCUCAGUCGUCAGACCUGGAGGACACCUUUUUCUAACCCUAACCCUUCAAAGUGGGUCCACAUCAGAAUGUUGCCCACAUACGGGACAUCCAUCCAGUACCAGGGCGGCUUUGGCUCCUUCCCUCGCAGUUUACACGACGGCGCAACAUUCCCGACCAUUACUUUCUCGGUCUUGUAAGAGGAGCCGCCGCCUUAAAGCCGUCCUAGCAGAUCUCUUCUUGUCCGAAGAACACAUCAGCACAGCUUGGAUACUAAAAGAGUCCACGGUCUUCUUUUAAAACCCGUCCUUUUUUGAGCCUUUGAACCGUCUUGCCUUAACGCGUUCCUGUUGACUCCGUCCUGUCAAACAGAGGUUUUCUUUUUGCUGGAGUUUACAAAUCACUUCCCUUGAGCACUUGAGAGGAAACUGUCAGGUGCAGUUUUUCAAACAAUUGUAAGCAAACAGAAUUCGAGGUCCUUUACCAGAGCACUUACUGUGUGAAUGCCGAGAGAAAAGCUUUCCGCGCAGAUACCACUGAAGAAACACAACUUUGUUCUCUGCGAUAUUACAACUUCUUGUCCUAAAAUGACCACUUUGAUGUUAUUUACAUCAAAUUAGAUAUAUUUUUCUAUUUAUUCUCGUAAUAUUACAACCGUGUUCACCUGUACCGCAUACUUGCCAACCCUCCCGAAUUUUCCGGGAGACUCCCGAAUUUCAGUGCCUCUCCCGGGACGACCGUUCUCCCGAAUUUCUCCCGAUUUCCAGCCGGACCUGAGUGAGGAGACGUUUUUAUUUACACGAUUAGUCGGGUGUGUCUUGACCUGCGCCAAACCCCUGAGCCCGACUCACCGAACCCCUAGGGUUCGAUCAAACCCAGGUUAAGAACCACUGCUCUAACCACGUUAUAACAUCUACGGCUUUUGGAGAGUUCGCAACUACACACACAACAAGAAGGAGACUAUUAUAUAUGUCUCCGUUAUCCAUAGGUUUGUCUAUAACCCAUAAAGAAGGCAGGCACGGAGCUAUUUCUCAGCGUGUGUUUGUUCCAGCCGGCACGUUAAGACAAUGACACACAACAUACCGAUUCAAAAACUACGGCAAGUAGUAAUGUCCAAAAAAAAGAUAGUGACAUAGAAUAGAACGAGGAUGGACAAUUCAACCCCUAAACUCACUCCUUUCCUGCAAAUUAAAUUUCACAGAUGCUGCUCAUACCUAUGCUCCUUCAAAGGCUGUGCUACCGGCUGCAAAGCAUUGCACUUUCAAAUACAACAAUGAGUAGAUGAGUGUUAUGUGUGUGUAUAUGUGUAAAUAAAUGAAUAUAUAUAUAUACCGUAUUUUUCGGAGUAUAAGUCGCACCGGAGUAUAAGUCGCAUCUGCCGAAAAUGCAUAAUAAAAAAGGAAAACCAUAUAUAAGUCGCACUGGAGCCCGGCCAAACUAUGAAAAAACUGCGACUUAUAGUCCGAAAAAUACGGUAUAUAAAAUAAAUACUUGAAUUUCAGUGAAUUCUAGCUAUAAAUAUACUCCUCCACUCUUAACCCUGCCCCCCCUCCACCCACCCCAAUCUCCCGAAUUCGGAGGUCUCAAGGUUGGCAAGUAUGCUGCACCGAUUUAUUCAGUGAAAUGACUUUGCACAAUUAUUCAUUUAAAAAAAAAAUCUGAUUGACUAUCAAAUCAAAUAUCUUUAUUUUUGGAGAAAUCACUUCAUGGAAAAAUAUUCUUCUUUUUUUUCAUAAUAUUGUGAUUUUUUCCCCCCCCCGUCAAAUGUAGACUUUCCGACAUGAUUCCCGUACUACAUUGUGCUCGGAAGUUGGCAUCCACCCUUUAUCUCCGAAUUCCUUUAAAGCAUAUUUUGGCCUAAAAUCAGUAUUUUCAAGCAUAAACAUUGGUAUUCGAUUCAUAAUAAUUCCUGGCUUACGGAAAUUAAUUUACCCAGUUCAGGCCUGGAAUCAAUUAAAGAUAAAUUGUAUUGUGACCUUUUUCAGCAAGUUUUUACCUUAUUCCGAGAAUGCUACCAGUUCAACACUUUUUUGGUCAGUUUGGACAUUCCCCUCUAUUAUUUGCAUCAACGAUUUUUUCCCGUCAAAUGUAGACUUUCCGACACGAUUCUCGUACUACAUAGUGCUCGGUAGAUUGCAUCCACCCUUUAUCUCCGAAUUCCUUUAAAGCAUAUUUUGGCCUAAAUUCAGCAUUUUCAAGCAUAAACAUUGGUAAAUGAAGUAAAAAUAUCAAUCCUAGAGUAUCGGCCACUGGAUGAGACACAAUCAGUGUGCUGUUCAGUAUCGGGGCCUAUGAUUGGCCCAGCCUGAGGCAGCAUUACUAUAUUUGAUUGAUCAAUAUAUUUGAUUUUCAUGUCGAAAAGUCUCUUAGAAUGUUGAGAACUUUAUUUAGAAGGUCGCAAACUGUUAGGAAAAUAUUCGAUUCAUAAUAAUUCCUGGCUUACGGAAAUUAAUUUACCGAGUUCAGGCCUGGAAUCAAUUAAGAUAAAUUGUAUUGUGACCUUUUUCAGCAAGUUUUUACCUUAUUCCGAGAAUGCUACCAGUUCAACACUUUUUUGGUCAGUUUGGACAUUCCCCUCUAUUAUUUGCAUCAACAAUUUUUUCCCGUCAAAUGUAGACUUUCCGACACGAUUCUCGUACUACAUUGUGCUCGGAAGUUGGCAUCCACCCUUUAUCUCCGAAUUCCUUUAAAGCAUAUUUUGGCCUAAAUUCAGCAUUUUCAAGCAUAAACAUUGGUAAAUGAAGUAAAAAUAUCAAUCCCAGUGUAUCGGCCACUGGAUGAGACACAAUCAGUGUGCUGUUCAGUAUCGGGGCCUAUGAUUGGCCCAGCCUGAGGCAGCAUUACUAUAUUUGAUUGAUCAAUAUAUUUGAUUUUCAUGUCGAAAAGGCUCUUAGAAUGUCGACAACUUUAUUUAGAAGGUCGCAAACUGUUAGGAAAAUAUUCGAUUCAUAAUAAUUCCUGACUUACGGAAAUUAAUUUACAAUUUAUCAAUUGUUUUGUGAACUUUUUCAGCAAGUUUUUACCUUAUUCCGAGAAUGCUACCAGUACAACAACUUUUUGGUCAGUUUGGACUUUUCCCCUCUAUCAAAUGAUAUCUGUAAAAUGUAAUUAAUUAUUGUAAAAUAACUUUUUCCAUAGACAAUCCUGACAAUUAUAGUAUCGUCAAAAUUUUCAUCACGUUUCAACAUUUUUCUUGUAAUCGUAAGAUGUUGUACAAGGCCAAAAGUUUGGACACGCCUUCUCAUUUCAAUGCGUUUUCUUUAUUUUCAUGACUAUUUACAUUGUAGAUUGUCACUGAAGGCAUCAACACUAUGACACCUGUGAAGUGAAGCUCAUGGAGAGAAUGCCAAGAGUGUGCAAAGCACUAAUCAGAGCAAAGGGUGGCUAUUUUGAAGAAACUAGAAUAUAAAACAUGUUUUCAGUUAUUUCACCUUUUUUUUGUUAAGUACAUAACUCCACAUGUGUUCAUUCAUAGUUUUGAUGCCUUCAGUGACAAUCUACAAUGUAAAUAGUCAUGAAAAUAAAGAAAACACAUUGAAUGAGAAGGUGUGUCCAAACUUUUGGCCUGUACUGUAUUUUAUGUGAUUAUACUAAAAGUCAAUCCAAAAUAGGAAAAAAAAAAUGGUCUGCUCGUUAGAAAUGUUUUGUUCAGCCCCAGCAUUUAAUGGCUUCAAAAUAUUCGCCUUUCAACAACAACAUGUUGAAAACCAGUAGCAGCACUUACCAAACUCAGUCACCCGGGGGGGCAUAUGUGCACAGUAUCUGGGGGUUGCUAUGGUAUGCUGUGAUGCCACUCUUUUCCCCCCCCAAUGGCAUUGAAGGCAUCUUUCAGCAUUCACACGCUAUUUAUUCUCUGAGGCGAUUCUAUAGCAGUGUUUUUCAACCUUCUCUGAGCCAAGGCACAUUUUAAAAAAUCUCGAGAAGAAAACAUAAAAAAAAAACGAAACAGUAAAAAGUCGUUCUCGCAAUUGUUGGAUAUGAAUUCCAACCAUAACCAAGCAUGCAUCAAUGUAGCUCUUGUCUCAAAGUAGGUGUACUGUCACCACCUGUCACAUCACCCUGUGACUUAUUUGGAGUUUUUUUGCUGUUUUCCUGUGUGUAGUGUUUUAGUUCUUGUCUUGCGCUCCUAUUUUGGUGUUGUCAUGUCAUGUACGGAUGUACUUUGUGGACGCCGUCUGCUGCUCCACAGUAAGUCUUUGCUGUCGUCCAGCAUUCUGUUUUUGUUUACUUUGCAGCCAGUUCAGUUUUAGCUUCAUUUUGCAUAGCCAUCCCUAAGCUUGAAUGCCUUUUUCUUAGCGACACUCGCCUUUUGUUUAUUUUUGGUUUAAGCAUUAGACACCUUUUUACCUGCACACUGCCUCCCGCUCUGCAUAUUGUGAUCACGUAGGGGUGUAAUGGUACGUGUAUUUGUAUUGAACCGUUUCGGUACGGGGGUUCCGGUUCGGUUCGGAGGUGUACCGCACGGACAUAUUAAGUAGGGUAACGCACGUUGUGUAAACAAUGCACACCACACGGCAUGUUAGCAGCUAACGGGCUACGAUAGACUGACCAUACGUCCUCUUUUUACCGGACAUGUCCUAUUUUGCGGAGCUGUCAGGGCGGAGUUUCUUAAAUGCCUCAAAUGUCCGGCAUUUUGAGUUAGGGUCGCGUGUAUUUUCAAUGUGCGUUCAGGGUUAAGAAGGGGUUAAAAACAAAACAAAUUGUGCGUGCUGCAGCAUUCUUGAGGGAGGGGCAGAGACAGAGAGAGAGAGAGAGAGAGUUAUGAUAAACGCGCAUGCGUUGCCAGGCUCUGCUUUUUAUCCAUAGAUUCAUCACAUUUAAUUUUUUAUUGUCUGUAGCAGGGGUGUCAGAAGUGUGCCCCGGAGGCCAUUUGCGGCCCACAGCUAAUGUUUUAAAGGCCCACGGCACAUUCUAAAAAUACUAUUAAAAUAAACAAAAGUGAAAUAAAAAAGGUUAAAUGUCAUUUAGAAAAAGUUGCAAUGUUGACUAAUAAAACAAAGCUGGUUUUUUUUCUUUCAAACUGUCAUUGCUCAAAACAUAAUAUUGAAUCAAAAUCAAUGUUAUUAUGAAUUAUUGACCUAUCCAAGGCUCCCGUUACUUCACAUCAAAUAUUGCCAUACUUGCCAAC